AUUGUUCUGCUCAUAGGUCCAACAAUUUUUAUUCGUCCAGGCCCAAGAAAUUAGGUGAGGAAGAUAAAGUAGGACAUCGACUGAUCAAAUCAUUGGCUCUGUCUGUUUCAAAGUGUCAGGUUUUGAUGACAACGCCACAGCUGCCGGGUGACGUUUGUUAGGCGCAGUGGGGACCGGGCAGAUAGUCCUCUUGAUGGUGGACUCUUGGAGAGGCGGUACCAGAAUGAUACGAUUUCACGGAGUGGUUCACAGAAUGCCCCUGCCCUUUCAUUAGCAUUCAUCAUGUCCCCUUCUCGUCGCUAAUGUAAGCUAUUAUUGCACUCCUGUUCCGGUGUAAGUACUUUUAUUGUGAAGGAGGAGAGGAAGUAGAGGAAGGGUUCAACGGUGGUGUUAAAAAAAAAGGAGUAAUAAAGUUGCGGCCGGCAUGGCGCAGAACCGGGGCCGUGUUGUUGUUUUUUUAUUAACCAAAAUAUAGGCGUAGCAUCAACCCUCGGCUACACUAAUUUGUAUUUAUUGUAUUUUGUAAAAUACGGGGAAUAGUGUUUCUCGUCUGACUGGCUGCACGGUCCACCGGAAGCUGUGGCGGCUCGUGUCGCUGCAGUGUUGCGCUUUCCUGUUUACGGGCGGGAAGAGCGAACGUAGCUGACUGGAAGAGACCGUGUUUAAAAUCGACAGCACAUCUCGUUUUAAUCGAUGCCCACGGGUUCGCGGGGUUUUAAUGAUACACCGGGCUUUGCGAGAUAUAUUGGAUACGUUUUAAAGUGGACCGUUGCAGAAAAGUAAAGGGGUGAUUUGGAGAGCGCGGAACAGAUGGCGGACCCUCCUGCGGAUUCUGGCGGCGGUGGAGGUGUCGGCUUCGGCGGUGGAGCAGCAGCAGCAGCGCAGGGCCCCACGGUGCAGGUGGCAGACAUCUGCUUGCCGAAGGGGGCUCUCCCUCUGCGGCUUCUGGAGUGGAAAGUCAAACCCGGGUCUCACGUCAACCUGGACUCCGUGCUAGCGCUCUGCGCUCCAAUACCCCCGGUGAAGGGGGCAGAGGCUGCCAGGCAGCCGGAGAGGAAGGUGAAAUCGGACCGUUCCGGAGUAGUCAAGGAGCUAUGCUGUCAACUCGGGCAAGUCAUACCUCCCGGUGGCGUUGUCGUCAGAAUAGAAGAAUGCAGCCAUCCAAUCGUCAUGAAGGGUUUAUGUGCAGAAUGUGGCCAAGACCUGACCCAGCCUCAAGGCACAAAUGGGAACCAGCAAACUCCCAUCUCCACAGCAACCGUCUCCAUGGUGCACAGUGUCCCCGAGCUGAUGGUCAGCUCUGAGCAAGCAGAAGAGCUGGGAAGAGAAGACCAGCAAAGGCUCCACCGGAACCGAAAGCUGGUCCUGAUGGUGGAUCUGGACCAGACGCUGAUCCACACCACGGAGCAGCACUGCCAGCGCAUGUCCAAUAAGGGUAUUUUCCACUUCCAGCUCGGGCGAGGCGACCCGAUGCUCCACACGCGACUCCGGCCGCACUGCAAGGCGUUCCUGGAGAAAAUCGCCAAACUCUACGAGCUGCACGUCUUCACAUUCGGGAGCCGCCUUUAUGCGCACACCAUCGCCGGUUUUCUGGAUCCUGAAAAGAAGCUGUUUUCUCAUCGGAUCCUUUCCAGAGACGAAUGCAUCGACCCUUUCUCCAAGACGGGGAAUCUUAGGAAUCUCUUCCCGUGCGGCGACUCCAUGGUCUCCAUCAUCGACGACCGGGAGGACGUGUGGAAGUUUGCGCCAAAUCUCAUCACUGUGAAGAAAUACAUCUACUUCCAGGGCACCGGGGACAUCAACGCUCCCCCCGGAUCGCGGGAAGCCCAGAUGGCAAAGAAAGCGGGAGCCCCGUCGAGUCGACCGGCGGCGAGCGCCGAGACGCCGCCCAACGCAGACGAGCAGAGUAACGGCGGCAGGAAGAGGGCGAAAGACCCCAGCCUUCUUCUCCGGGGGGGGGAGUCUUCCUCUCAGGGAACACCGGCGAACGAACGGACACACCCCGCGGGGGUCGAGGAGGACGAGUCGGGGAAGGGUCGAGGGUCAGAGGCCGAGGCGGCGUCGAGGGAAACCCGGGCGGGCGACGGGAAGCGCGGGAAGGAAGACGAGAGCGACCGGACACUGGAGACGCGAGAGGCCGAGGGCGAGCUCGGCAGCGGCGGCGGCUCCUCGGCGCCGAGCCACGAGUCCAACAACCUGGACUUCGAUCUUUCUAGCGACAGCGACAACGACUCCGCCGCCGACAGGCCUCCAUCUUCAGAGAGCGACGGGGAAGCCAAGUCGAGCCGGGCAAAGAAACCCGGGCGGGAAGGAGUCCCGCCGGGGGACGGAGAGGGCGAGGGCGAGGGCGAGGGCGAGGGCCCGAGCGAAGGGCAAAGCGGGCCCGAGGCGGCAGAAUCGUCGGGAGUUCUCCCCCCCGACCCCGAGCUUGGAAACGGCUGCUCGGACCGGACGGAGCCGGAGACGGAGUCGCAGAAUAGCGAGCAGUCCGGGGUCACCAUGGGGGAGGAGCUUCUGGACCAGAGCAUGGAGGAGGAGGAAGAGGAGGAGGAGGAGGACGACGUCGACCAGGACGAUCACCUGAUCUACCUGGAGGAGGUGCUGGAGAGGAUCCACGCCGAGUACUACGUGCGAUACGAGGCCUACGUGAGGAAGGAGUCCGCCGAAACGCCGGACAUCCGCAAGAUCGCCCCGGAGCUGAAGGGCAGGACGCUGGAGGGCACGACGCUGGUGUUCAGCGGCCUCUACCCGACCAACUACCCCAUGGAGAGGACCCGCGAGUUCUACCACGCCAAGGCACUCGGCGCCAAGAUUGCCAAGAACCUGGUCCUGAACGCCCAAGACGCCGGUCGGACGACGCAUCUCAUCGCGGCGAGGGCCGGCACCGAGAAGGUCCGCCAGGCGCAGGGCUGCAGGCACCUCCACGUGGUCAGCCCCGACUGGCUGUGGAGCUGCCUGGAGCGCUGGGAGAGGGUGGAGGAGCAGCUGUACCCGCUGAGGGAGGACUGCUCCAAGGCGCCGCGGAGCAUCAGUCCGCCGGCGUUCCCGGACCCCCGGGGCUCCGUGCAGACGCACGUUUUCCAGCCGGCCCCCGUCCACGGCGGCAGACCCGCGGCCCCCGAGGUCCGGACCUACGACCCCGUCACGGGGAAGCUGAUCCGCAGGGGCCCUCAGGCGCCGCGGCCGCCGCCCUACCUCCAGGCGCCGGCGUCCUCCGGAGAGCAGCCGGGUCUCAGGGGAACUUCACAGAGCCAGCAGGACGAGGCGGGGGGGUCCAGCCGGGACGACGAGCAGCCGGGGCCGUCUCGUCGGAAACGCCAGCCGAGCAUGACGGACAGUAUGCCUCUGUACCUUCUCUGCAAGGAGGACCUGGACAGCAUGGACAGAGAGGUGGAUGACAUCUUGGGCGAGGAGAGCGACAACGAAAGUGAGGGCCGAGGGAAGGAGAGACGGGCAACGAGGAGGAGGAGGCGGCGGCGGCGGAUGAAGGGGAGCGGCAGUCAGGCGCCGGAGGGACAGCAGCAGCAGCAGCAGGAGGAGGAGGAGGAGGAGGAGGAGGAGGAGAAACCCGGUCCUGAGGCGAUGAGCGUGGAGGAGACGAUCCACACGCCAUCCAGUGAGGACAACGUGACGAGGGGCCACAAGCGAAAACACGACGAAGCCCGGGAGGACGACCGUAAGGAGGAGGAGGAGGAGGAAGAAGAGGGGGACGAGUCUUCUAAAGACUCCAACGAGGAGGGAGGGGGAAGCAGCUCGGAGGCGGACGAGAUGGCCGCGGCCUUGGAUCUGGAGCUCAAUGACUUCAUGUGAAGGGACGACAACAACCACCAAGAUCUGAAUUGGUACUUUUUUUUUUUUUUUAAAUCAAAGAAAUGCUAUUUUUCUGAACGUCCUGUACAGAGAUGACGCCCUGCCGUGUAAAUACAGGUUUUCUGUAGCAUCGCCGUACGGCCUUUUUGGAUGUUUGACGUUUUAUUGUAAGAUAACAACCCGAUGGAGGCAUCGCAUUUGAUACUUUUUUUCUAUCUCAAUUUUUAUAUUGACGAGGAAGAAAUUCCAUAAACGGUCGUACAUGCCAAAGAGUUUGGAGCAGGUUUGCAGCUAAGUAUUUUACUCUGGACUUUCCAGUUUUACUUGUUUCCCCCCCUCCCCCCUCCCGUUGUCAUGCGUUGCCUCACCUCUUUGUGCUGUUGUUGUACAGUGAGGACAGACACUGAUCCUCUACUCGGGUACACUGGAGCUCAAACCCUGUGCAGGUUUGUGUUGAUUAUUCAAAUAAUCAAAUUCAAAUAAGCUGUUCAUCUCCGGGAUCAACGGAACUUAAAAUGAACUAAUUCCUGAUUUAUUUUUGGAGAGCCCGGAGGAAGAUUCCUGGAAGGAAAAACACCUUUUGGUUAUUUGGGGUGAGCGAACCUUUUCUUGAGGCCUGAAGCUGCCUUAAAGCAGCCCAAAAGAUGUUUGUCCACAGGAGGACGGCUUGAGGGAGACGGCGUCCUCCGGUCCAAUGCGGCCUGGCCGUGCACUUUAAUACCACCACACAUGGCGGGAGCUUCAUCGAACGCCGCCCAGCUCUCUGACCUCUGACCCUCACUGUACCGAGGGAGGGGGGCGGUGUGGGUGGGGCCCCGUUUAACCUUCACCCCCCCCCCCCCCCUCCCCUCGACGACCCGAAGACGAUCCCGCCCCCUUUCCAGUGUGCGUUCUUGUUUUUGAGUUUCAAACGACUGACUUGUACAGUUUUUGUAAAGUGUUUUUCCUACUUGACCCUGAGAGAAAAAUAUACUUUCAUCAAAUAAAAAUGUUU